AUGGCCAAAGAAGACUACACAAGGCUUCACCUCAACAGAAGUUUAUGCACGGGCCUUACCAUCAUGUGCUGCCUCUCCAGGACUCGCAGCUAUACACCGCGUGCCGCGUCUUUUGUUAAAGACGCUCUGGCUCACGAAAUGAGCUCAGCUACCGACGAAAAGAUUCUUGCGUCCUUCGUAUCACUCUCGGAUAACAUGGAUACGAUGAAGACUUCACAGAUGCGGAUCGACAAGGAUGAGCGUGUGCACGAUGUCAUAGAAAGUGGUAUGUUUGCAUCGUCUCUCGGCGCGAAUAUGGGCAUAAAGACGAUGAUGAUCGAUGCGCUGAGAAACUCACCGGAGCGCUAA